AUGAUGUUCAUCAACUCGGGACUCCUUGCUGUUGCAGCCUUACUCAGCUCGGUAUGGGCCGUCCCGAUCUCCACCCAGGAACUGUCAGACAUGGCCGCGCAGGGCUACCGCCUCCUCGAUCUCUCCCCGGACACUGAGCCGGUCUGGAAGACCGAGGCGGAGAAGCUCGAUCUCAUGCGCGCCGGUAUUCACUUUUUCGAUGUGACGGAGGUGUACGACCCCACAGAAGACAAUAGCCACGCCACUCUCUCUGCGCUCGCGGAGAAGGCCACCUUCCCCUCACCCUCCCACUCGUCGGCGGUCACGCCGAUCCUGAACACGCUUUCCACCUCCAACAUGAACAGCUGGCUCUCGACCCUCACAGCCUUCAACAACCGCUACUACACCAGCACCACCGGCAAGCAAGCGUCCCAGUGGAUCUACGACACCCUUGCCUCGAUCACCGCCAGCCGCAGCGACAUCACCGUCUCCAAGUUCACGCACUCCUGGGCGCAGUUCUCCGUCAUCGUCCACGUCGCCGGCAAGUCCUCCGGCGCGCUCACCGUCGUCGGCGCGCACGAAGACUCGAUCAACCUCAACUCGCCCUCCUCCGGCCGCGCGCCCGGCGCGGACGACGACGGCACCGGGACCGUCAACCUCAUCGAGGUCCUCCGCGCGCUCAUCGCCGCGGGCUGGCAGCCCGCGACCCCCGUCGAGUUCCACUGGUACUCGGGCGAGGAGGCCGGCCUGCUCGGCUCGCAGGCGAUCGCCCAGAGCUACAAGCGCGCGGGGACGAGCGUGAAGGCGUUCAUGGAGCUCGACAUGACCGGCUACUUCCAGCCCGGCACGAAGGAGGUCAUCGCGCUCGAGGCGGACUACGAGGACUCGGGCGUCACCAAGUUCAUCCAGCAGCUCGUCGACACGUACUCGAAGCUCGACUGGGCGAUGGACGAGCCCUGCGGGUACGCGUGCUCGGACCACGCGAGCUGGUACAAGCAGGGGUACGCGACCGGGAUGCUCUACGAGGCCAUCACGGGCGAGGACAACCAGCGCAUCCACGGCACGGGCGACCUGACGAGCGUCAGCGGCUUCUCGUGGGCGCACUCGCUCGAGUUCGCGAAGGUCGCGCUCGCGUUCGUGUACGAGCUGUCCGCGUAG